GCCUUUCCCCACCCUUUGACUGCAGCCUCAGUCCUUGUCCUUGAAGACCUGCCCACCAUGUUUUAUGGAACUAACCUCAUCAUGUCUCCACCUGCCAAGGGCAAGCUGAAGCGGCAGGGCCAGCUGUUGUCCAGCGUACUGUCCCGGACCCUGAGCUACAAGCACCGGGACGCGGACCCCACCUUCUCCAGCCGGGGUGCCAGCGAUGACCCCUCCGAGCUCUCCACCCAGCUCUCUGCCCCUGGGGUCCUGAAGGUGUUUGGGGACAGUGUCUGCACAGGUACCCACUACAAGAGUGUCCUGGCAACCGACACAUCCAGUGCCCAGGAGCUGGUGAAGGAGGCUCUGGAGCGGUAUGCCCUGGACCCUGCGCACGCUGGCCAGUAUGUGCUGUGCGACGUUGUGGGCAAGGCUGGGGAUGCUGGGCAGCAGUGGCAGGCCCAGUGCUUUCGAGUGUUUGGGGAUAAUGAGAAGCCUCUCUUGAUCCGAGCAUUUUGGAAGCCCCGAGAAGGCUUAUCCCGGAGGUUUGAGCUGAGAAAGAGAUCAGACGUGGAAGCGCUGGCAGCCAAGGAUGUGGACACCACGACGGCAGGGAUAAACGCCCAAGCUCGGAGGCUGCAGCGGAGCCGCGCCAAGGGAACCUCAGCCCUGGCCCCAGGGGGUGCCCAGAGUUCCCCUCCGCCCCGGCUACGCCGCACAGUCAGCGAGACCAGCCUGAGCCCAGCCACCACGCUGCUUGAUACCGCCCAGGGCCCCGAGGAGCCAGACCAGGACACCAUGCGCUUAUCUCUGUACCAGUCCCCGCACCUGCUUCUCUUGCAGGGCUAUAGCCAGCAGCAUGACAGCCUGGUGUACAUGCUCAACCGGGACCGGCACACGGUGGGCCAGCGGACCCCCGCCAGCAAGCCCAGCAUCAGCCUCUCGGCCCCUGACAUCCUGCCCCUGCACUGCACCAUCCGCCGGCUCCAGCUCUCGGGCGGCCAGGCCGGGGACAGGCUGGUCCUGGAGCCCAUCCCCGGGGCGCCUGUCUCGGUCAACUUCUCCGAGGUGGGGCCGAGGACCGUGGUGCUGCACCACGGGGACCUGCUCUCCCUGGGCCUCUACUAUCUGCUGCUGUUCAAGGACCCGGCGCAGGCCCAGCCCCUGCCCGCCCAGGCCCUGGCCCGCCUGCAGGCCGUGCCACAGAGCUGUCGCAUGUGCGGCACUGCGAUCGGCGCCCGGGGCACCGCCUACUCUGCGCCGGCCACCCUGUCCCGGCGACGGCAGCUGCUCCUGGAGUUUGAGCCGGACCUGGAAGACACGCUGCUGCAGAGGAUCAUGACACUGAUAGAGCCAGGGGGCGACGACCACAAGCUAACCCCUGCCUUCCUCCUCUGCCUCUGCAUCCAGCACUCAGCCACCCACUUCGAGCCUGGCACGUUUGGGCAGCUGCUGCUCAAGAUAGCCAGGAGGAUCCGCGAGAUGGUCUGGGAGAAAACCAAAGAGCUAGCAGAGAAGCAGGCACAACUCCAGGAGCCCAUCGCAGCCAGCUUUACCGUGGCUGACCUAGUUCCAGACCUGCAGCACAUUCUUUUCUGGAUGUCUAACUCCAUCGAGCUCCUGUACUUUAUCCAGCAGAAAUGCCCACUGUACAUGCAGAGCAUGGAGGAGCAGCUGGACAUCACAGGCUCCAAGGAGUCGCUGUUCUCCUGCACGCUGACGGCCAGCGAGGAGGCGAUGGCGGUGCUGGAGGAGGUGGUGCUGUACGCCUUCCAGCAGUGCGUCUACUAUGUCUCCAAGUCCCUGUACGUCUGCCUCCCGGCCCUUCUGGAAUGUCCUCCGUUCCCGACGGAGCGCAGGGAGAGCUGGAGCUCGGCCCCCGAGCUGCCUGAGGAGCUGCGCCGUGUCGUGUCUGUGUACCAGGUGGCCCUGGACCUCCUGCGGCAGCUCCAGGUGCACCCUGAGGUGGCCUCGCAGAUGCUGUCCUACCUCUUCUUCUUCUCUGGCACUUUGCUCCUUAACCAGCUCCUCGACAGGGGCCCCUCCUUGAGUUGCUUCCACUGGCCCAGAGGCGUCCAGGCCUGCGCCCGCCUGCAGCAGCUCCUGGAGUGGAUAAGAAGCACCGGCUUCGGGGAGGCUGGAGAGCACUUCUUCCGAAAGCUCUCCUGCACCCUCAACCUGCUGGCCACGCCCAGGGCCCAGCUCGUCCAGAUGAGCUGGGCAGCCCUGCGGGCCUCCUUCCCCGCCCUGAGCCCGGCACAGCUGCACCGGCUGCUGACUCAGUACCAGCUGGCCUCGACCAUGGGCCCCACCAGUGCCUGGGAGCCGGGGGCCCGGGACAGCCCUGCCGCUUUCAAGUCAGAGGAUGUCCUGGAGUCCUACGAAAACCCCCCGCCCAUCGUUUUGCCGAGUGAGGGCUUCCAGGUGGAUUUGGAAGCAGACUGCCCGGACGACAGCGUCUACCAGCACCUGCUCUACAUCCGCCACUUCCUGUGGAGCCUACGAAGCAAAGCCAGCCCUGGCGGUGGGCCUGCCCAGCCAGAGGGCCCCGAGGGCACGAACCACAGCGUCCCAGAGGCACUCCUGGACGCCCAGAGCUGCCCCUCGGCUUCCAGGGACCCGAGCAAGGGAGCACGAGAAGCCGCCCUGUCACGCACUCUUCCUUUGGUGGGGGCUCCCUGGGCACCGGGCCCCUCCGCAAGGCAGCCUGGCUGCGGGGGCCGAGGGGGCUCCCAGGCUGGCCCCCUGCACACAGACUCGUCAUGCCUGCUCACCCCUCCCAGCACCCCGCUUGGCCUCGAGCCCAGGGACCCUGACUGGUCAGAGCCCAGUGGCACCUGCGGAAAAGCCCUCCCAGAAGGGCAGAGGAACGGACCGAGCGGCCCCCGGGGUGCGGCUCCAGAAGGAGACUCUGCGGCCCUCAUGAACGAGUCCCCUCCAGCCCCCUCCAGCCGCAGCUCCAGCACUGAGGACUUCUGCUACGUCUUCAUGGUGGAGCUGGAGCGAGGCCCCUCGGGGCUGGGGAUGGGCCUGAUUGAUGGGAUGCACACGCCCCUGGGCACCCCAGGGCUCUACAUCCAGACUCUGCUUCCGGGCAGCCCCGCCGCGGCCGACGGGCGGCUGUCCCUGGGAGACCGCAUCCUGGAGGUCAACGGCAGCCGCCUGACGGGUGUCAGCUACCUGAGGGCUGUGGAUCUGAUCCGACACGGGGGGAAGAAGAUGCGGUUCCUGGUUGCCAAGUCUGACGUGGAAACAGCCAAGAAGCUCCGUUUCCGCACACCCCUGCCCUAGGCACGACCCCACACACCUGCCGCCCGGUUCUGCCAGGUGACGCUGGCAUCAUCAAGCCAUUUGUGUUUUUUAAUUGGCUGAGUUGAGCUCCCAUGUGGUGGCAUCACCUUCAGGACACGUCCUGUUGAUAAUGUACAUCUUAGUGUAUAUUUUAUUUAUAUGACAGACAACACUAAGUUGCGAGGUUUGUUACAGAGCUUUUAUGUUUAAAGACUUUAAUGGAGAUGUCUAGAUUCAAUAAA